AGGAAGUCCGGCGACCGCUUCAGAUCUCCAGCCUCUAUCUCAGGAACCUCCCCUCCCUCCUCCAGGUUCUCCAGGCACCGGUCAGUCCUUCCCCGUGCGCAAUGGCCUGGCAAAACCCCAAUGGCCUCGUGCAGGCUAUGCACUCCAUCCGUCAAGCGGCUCCUCUGCGGCCUUUCCUCCAGCGCUCCGUGCUCUCCGCGUCGCCCAUCUUGUCGGCCUCGUCGACGACGACGACGACGACAACGACGAGACUUUUUAAACAACCCAACAGCAAGCGAUCCUAUGCGACUGAAGUCGACUCUGUUGACUUUGUUGCCGCCCCACCCGUCGAUCUCAACAAGCUUCCUGCUCGGCUUGUGCCCGUGUCUCCGUCCUACUUCUCCGGUAGCCCAAAGUUCGUCGACCAUUUGUUGAAUUUGGAAUCCAUUCUCGCCAAGCAUGCCCAUUUACCGAUCGUGGAGAGCAACCAGGCGCCUCGUAUGGCGUGGUUCAAAUUAGCGCAGUUCCGUGAUUUCGUCGGUGAACCCGUGCCGACAAAGAAGUACAAGGGCCUUCUCAAGAUCCUGCAGCGACUCAAUCGAAUCGACCGCAAGCUGAUGCCACAUGAAGUGAAGAGUACUAUCGAGAAAUUUCUUCGUCCGGGUAACCCAUACGAUCUCAAGCCCGCCCCGGCUCAGGUGGAUGAGAUGGGCCGUGGUCGCGGCCGGGGCAAGCGCAAGUCUUCCUCAGCAGUGGCUUUCCUGGUCGAGGGUGAUGGCGAGGUGAGGGUGAAUGGAAAGACAUUGGUGGAGGCCUUCCCAAGAGUACAUGAUCGUGAGAGUGCCACCUGGGCUCUUCAGUGUACGUCGCGACUGGACAAGUAUAAUGUCUGGGCCCAAGUCCAGGGCGGAGGAACUACUGGGCAGGCAGAAGCCAUCACGCUGGCUGUUGCACGGGCGCUGCUGGUUCACGAGCCUGCUCUGAAGCCUGUGCUUCGCAAGGCCGGCGUCAUCACGGUCGACGCCCGUCGUGUGGAGAGAAAGAAGCCCGGUCACGUCAAGGCGCGCAAGAUGCCUACCUGGGUCAAGAGAUGAAGGCGCAGUCGAGGUCGGUCUACCCUCGCGUGGAGGGCUUGGGUUAUUUCUUUGUACUUCUACUUCCUUGCUGUAUUAUUCGAUUUGGCCUUGUGAUUUUUUUACCCAACGAAAGUAUAUCCUGUUUGGCAAGCAUUCUCACCUGGUGUCACGGAAGUCGUUUCAGGACACGACACGGCAUGUCUUCGGCGACCGGCAUGUAACUAUUGG